AUGCUCAGAAAGGACAAGACUCGGGGUUACGAAGAGUUUAAUGAUAAUGACACAGACGAAAGCUUACAGCCUCCGGGCCUCUAUGAAAACAACACAAAAGACGAGGAUCUGCAGCCAAAAGAGGCGAAUGGCAGCAUCACAGGAGAGGAGGAGACAAAUGGGAACAGUCAACCAUUGAAAUUCAGCAAAAACUCUGCUUUUCUUGCCUAUCAAACCAUCAAAGACUUCAUGGAGAAAAUGAAUAACCCAGUAAUGUCUGUCACAUACAAAGAAGUAGAGACUUUUUCACCACCAGGUAUUGCUUUAUUUCCGGGCAACGCGCGACUUUUAAGCUGUAGACAUCACUACCGAGAGUUUAUCCCUCCGUUAGUGAAUCCGGGACAGCCUCAAGAAGGUGAUUGUGAGAUGCAAGUAGUCUCAUACAAUGGUCCUUUUCGAAAUCAGUCUACGAAGACAGCCUUGGUGAUCCGCGGCCCGUCUGAUGUCAGAAAUAAAGAGCUAAUCUUCAUGCAGUUCAGUCAAAAUGAAACACUAGAAGACUUCAGUGCCAUCUCUUACAUGCUCUUUGCCAAAUACAGCGACCUGAUCAAUAGUGCUAAUCAUUCAGAGUUCAUGAGGGACUGUGAGAGAAACUACUCCAUGUGGACCUUCUCUGGAGGAUUUAGAACCAGAGUUAAGAUGUCGCUGGUUCGAACUUCUGGGAAAACCAAUGAUGGCACUGAAUUUCGACAAGAGUCUUCUGUGGUGAAGUUCAACGACAAGCGCCCAGUUCCUGAAAGAACAGAUGAACUUUUCUUUGCUGUUUUUGAAUGGAGGGAUCCUUAUAUACAAGAGAUUAAACUGAUUGUGACGGCAAACGCCUGGAGCUCGAUGGCAAUCCUCUGUGGAGUUUUCAUGGCUCUGUUUAAAGCUGCUAAUUUUGCUAAACUUUCAGUUCAGUGGAUAAUCAAGAUGAGGAAGAGACACCGAAGGAACAAAGAACGAGAACUCAACCAAAUCAACUGA